AUGCCAUUCUUGACAUACCCCGCUGCCUUAGAAUUGCAGAAGGAACUCAGAGGGACAGACGCAGAAGUCAUAACCCUUGCAGAUGAUGACUACGUGGAAAGCCUUGACCGAUGGAGCGCGACCAGCGAAAAGGAGGCCGGAGCCAUAGUAAAGGUUACUACUGUGGAGGAUGUUUCUACUGUCGUGGAAUUUGCUACGAAACGAUACAUUCCUUUUGUUGUUCUCUCUGGUGGUCAUAGCACGAAGGGAGCCUCAUCGACUUAUGGAGGAAUUGUGAUCGACUUAGGGAGAAUGAACCAUGUAGAUGUUCAUACUUCUUCCAACACAGUAUCGGCCGAGGGUGGUGCCAAAUGGACAGAUGUUGACUCGGCCGCCGCUCAGCACGGUCUUGCUGUCGUUGGACCGACAGUUAGCCAGCUUGGAGUGGGUGGUACAACACUCGGAGGCGGAAUUGGCUGGCUUACUGGGAAGUACGGACUAGUCGUGGACAAUCUCAUAGAAGCUCAGAUCGUCCUAGCGGAUGGCAACAUAACCACUGCAUCCGAAUCAGAGAACCCAGAUCUGUUUUGGGCUAUCCGUGGAGCUGGUCAAGACUUUGGUGUUAUAACAAGAUUCACUUUCAAGGCUCAUCCACAAAAGAAUGAUGUCUUUGCCGGAACUUUUUAUUUGGAUCCAGAUAAGCUACCACAAUUGGUGAACUGUGUAAAUGACCUCGACUCCAAACUUGAUGAAGACCAAGGGUUGUUCUUUGGAUUUACGAACUCCCGCGGUAAGACCAUGAUUGUGGUUAUAGUGUUCUAUAACGGCCCACAAGCCCAAGCAGAGAAGAUUUUUGAGCCCGUGUUGUCACUGAGCACAGGCCAAGAGGAGAUAGGAAUGAUGCCUUAUUACAAGACAAAUCAGCUGCUCAAUAAGGUAGCAGUCAGUGGAGGACGAAAACGACUAAGUGGCACGAGUGUCACGUUACCCCUCGACACAGACUUUAUUCAAUCAGUGUAUCAAACAUUCACCCAGAUUCUGAAUGAUUAUUCUGAGGAUGCUGAAGCUCUAUUGUUUUUUGAGAUGUUGCCCUACACCAAGGUUAUUGAAGUCCCGAAUGAUGCCACAGCUUACGCAAAUAGGGGGCCAUACUACAAUGUGUGCUCUAUAUUCAACUGGCAGGACCAGAAAGCAGACUCUAGAAUUCGCAUGCUACAGCAGGGGAUUAUGAGUAAGAUACGUGAUGAGCACAUUAUAAAGGGAGGGCUUGGUGUGGGUACUUAUUCAAAUUAUACCGGAUUUGAUGCUAAUGCGAGAGAUUUGUUUGGGAAGAAUCUUCCUCGUCUCAAAGAACUUAAGAAAUAUUAUGAUCCGAGGAAUGUCUUUCGAAAAUGGCAUGACUUGCUACUUCAAACCGGAGCAUCAGUGUGA